AGCGGGAGGCAGCAGUGCAUUAAACCGUCCCCGGUCUGCGGGAAAAAGGAGAAGAAGAAGAAGAAGUUGAAGGGUAACAUGGCAGCUGGCAUCAGUGUUAAACAUGGAUUAUUGAGCAGUAAAACCUGGCUGUAUCUCGCUGUUCACAGACAGAUUUCACCCAGCGGUGCCGGAGUCCACAGAGCCGCCAGCAGCGCGACGGCGGACUCACAACACAACGAGAAGUUCUGCUUGGAUCUGGUCCGGUCCAGAGACUAUGACGGCUUCGUGUCCUCGCUCCUCCUCCCGGAGGAGGCGCGACGCUCCUCUCUGGCUCUGAGAGCCUUCAACGUGGAGCUGGCACAGGUGAAGGACUCCGUUUCCCAGAAGACCAUUGGUCUGAUGCGAAUGCAGUUCUGGAAGACGGCCAUAGAGGAAAUCUACCGAGACGAGCCGCCGAACCAGCCGGUCAGCAACGAGCUGUGGAGGGCGGUGAGGAAACACUACCUGACAAAGAGAUGGCUGCUGAGGAUCAUAACAGAGAGAGAAAAGGAUAUGGAUGACAGAGCCUACAGGAACCUGCAGGAACUGGAGAAGUAUUCAGAGAACACACAGUCCUCCUUAUUAUACCUGCUGCUGGAGUGUUUAGGGGUGAAAAACGUGCAUGCGGACCACGCAGCGAGUCACAUCGGGAAAGCUCACGGAAUCGUGACGUGUCUGAGAGCGACUCCGUAUAACAGCAGCCGACGGAAAGUUUAUCUGCCAAUGGACAUCUGCAUGUUGCACGGAGCUUCUCAGGAGGACUUCAUCCGCGGCAGCCGGGAGCAGAGCAUCCGAGACGUCACCUAUGACAUCGCCAGUCAGGCUCACGUUCACCUGGAACACGCGCGAUCGUUCAGCCACGACGUCCCGGCAGCUGCUACUCCGGCUUUCCUCCAGACGGUGGUGCUGGAGGACUACCUGCAGAGAGUGAGGAGGGCGGAUUUUGACGUCUUCCACCCGAGUCUGCAGAACAGAAACCCUCUCCUCCCCAUUCAGCUGUACUUCCGCUCCUGGAAGAAGACCUACUGAUACCAGUCCACCUCCUUAACUCUGUUCCCAGUGAUUCCAGUUUGACUGAAGCUCAGACAGUCCACCUCUCUGGGGGGAAGGGAGGGAGGGGGGCAUUCUGGCUUAGUGCAGCAGGUCUGCAAAGAAAUCUUGUUUUGAAACACAGCGCUGCCACUGAUGUCUGCCUCUUAAAUAAAAAAAACACAAGAACACCAGAGACACCAGCCGUCAUUUCUCUACUUCUGUCCUGCUUCAGUCACACAUUCAGUAUUUCACUGUCGCCAUAAUCACUUGAAUCCAAGUAUUUCAUAUUUAAUUACAACACUGCAACACUUUGAUGAGAUGUGUUCUUUGAGUUUUAAGUAUAAUUACGGUUUUGCUGCAAUUUGCGUUUUAUUUUUUAGGCUGUUUUCAACCAGAGAGUUUCUGCAGAACCUGCAGAGGAACUAAUCUCAAGAACUAAACCAGGAAGUAAAAGUCUCUUUGGUGCAUUCCUGUUUCUGCCAGAUCUGAGGAACUGUGAAGAUUAUGCAAAUUAGACUCAUUGCAGAUUUAAAAAAAACAAACCAAAAA